GCCCUCUGGCGCACCGCGCCGGCGGGGAGGGCGCGGCCCCGCCUCUGAAGGUCGCCAGGGCGGCGCGGGAGGCAUCGGGGGCCGCCGAGGGCGCGACGCCCAGCUCGCGGGCUCUCCCGGCAUCCGCGGCCGCGGCAGCCGCGGCAGUGCCAGCGCUCGCGCAGGAGGCGCCCGAGACCGCCCCAGGCGAGACGCCCGGCUCGCGCCGGGCACGGCUGAGUCGACAGCGCCAGAGCUUGCAGGACGUUCUGGGCAAGCUCCGGCGGCCCGGGACCUCGCUGGCGGAGACGCAGCGGCGGCGCGGCAAGUGGAGCGGUGGCAGCCAUCGAGGGGGCCCGCCCGAGGGGGGCCUCGCGCCGGACCCUUGGGAGGAGCCCCACUUCGAGGCGUUGUCCGAGUUCGGGGGCCUGGCGCCGGCGCGCGGCCACGCCUCUCGCAACGCGGACACUUUGGACGCGCGGGAACAGCGGCGUCAGGAAGACGCUGCGCGCAGGGCCGGCUUGAGGAACGCGGCCGCGGCGGUCGCCUCGGGGCCUGCGCUCCAAAGUGUCAUGGGCCAGGUCGAGGCCCUAGGGCGCCAGUCUGCCUGGGCUCGCCGGCUGCUGCGGGGAGACCCGCGCGCCCGCCGCCGUCUCAAAGCAGCCGCGGCAACGCUGCGGGCGAAGGUGGCCCGCGCGCUCGCAGUCGAGCCCGGCGGCGAGCUCCGCCACCAUCCAGCCUCGAACUUGCGGUUCCGCUUGGCGCAGCAAGUCAUAUCGCUCGCCGAGGGGCCCGAUCGGGCGGUCGGGAGGUGGCUGGAAGAGGGCGCCCCCAUGGGCAUAUCCCGCGCAGCGGUGCCAGGCGGACUGUUCCCGCUGGCCGAUUCCAGCAGCACCUUGGAGCCCGGCGCCCUGGGCAUUGGUGACUACGCGUUCUCGGCCAACCACCCGUCUUUCGGCGACAAGCACGGGGGGGCGGAGGCGCCGCCCUUGGACCUGAUUCGCGGCUACCUUAAGUCGGGCUACUGUGAGACCUACGACACGGCGGCGGCAGCCCGGGCCAAGUUCGGGCGCGUCUUCCCCGCGCCGCUCGGCAACGUCCGGCGCCAGAAGCGGGACGGGACAUUCAAGAACAGGGUCAUACAGGACCUCGAGGCCAACGGGGUGAAGCGGGCGUCCACGACGCGCGAGCGCGUCGUGCUACCGAGGGGGGUCGAUCACGCGGUCGACCUCGCCUCGCUAGGGCAGAACGUAGGGGCGCCCGCUCGGGUUCAUCGGGUCGGCGCCCUCGUGCUCGACUUCCUCGACGUCUUCAUGAGCAUCCCGUUGCACGAGGACGAAAGGCGUCUCAACGUCGCGAUCCUCGAGCUCUACGUCGACGACUCAGCGAUCACCCUCGUGGGCUCCGACGAGGGCAUUCGCUGCAACUUGAUCCUCGGGUGGUGGCUCGCCCUCGGCCUGGGGCUGGCAUGGAGGAGAGGAACUUUCACCUUGGGCGCCCAUGUCUGGAUCGGCAUCGAUUUCGAGUUGCGCGCCGCCGUAGCCUACAUGACCCUGCCGCCGGAGUUUUUGAAGGCGACGGCCGACAUCAUGGAUGCGUUCUGCGGGGGGUCCGGCACGGCCCCCCGCAGCGCGGCGCGCGCGGCCGCGGGCAAGGUGUCGCGCAUUGCACAGGUCGUGCCAGAGGCAUGCCCCUUCGCAGCAUCAUUCUGGGCGGCCUUGAUGGCUGCCGAGCAGGCAGCGGCGUCGGCGCGGCCAGAGGCGCCGCCAGGGCGCGUCGCGAUUCGCCGAUUCACUGCUGCCGCGGCGUGGGCGCGGGCGCUCAUCAGAGGCGCCGUUCUCCCCCUCGCCCGCGAGAAGGGCGCCCCGCGCGAACGCCUCGCGUUCACGUGGCCGGACAAGCUCCUCCAGCGGUUCAGCGCCGAGAUCUGCAAUUCCAAGUGGCAGACCUUGUGGGAGUACGUCGCCCUGCUGGCCACCCUGUUGGCGCGGGGCACGCCGUUCGCAGUCGGGCAGGUCCUCGCCGUCAAGGGGGGCAAUCUCUCGGCGCUCGCGGGCGCAGUCUAUCACCGAGGACGUCGAGACCUGAAUGCCGUGACCAGGGAGCUUUCGCGGAGGAAGGCUACCUUCCGGUGGACGCACACGGUCUCGCAUCUACCGUCAGAGGCCAACGAGCUAGCGGACGCCCCCGCCCCCAGCCCCUUUUCCACCGGC